AGACACGUUUCUCACUGGAGACGGCAUUGAAAAGGGAUUUAUGAUUCCAAAAACCCUAUCAGAUUGUAAAAAGUGAAAAAUAUGAAACAUUUUUGUGUCUCCAAACUUUUAAUUUGGCGCCAAGAAUGCGUCGCCCGCGUCCGGCAACUCGUUCGUCGCUUGUCGAGUGUCGCCAGGUAAUAUAAUAGUUGUGUUAUUUUGAACAAAAUAGUUUGCUCCGCGUCAAAUUAAACUCAGAAUUCUCGAGUUAGCUAUUAAUAAAGGCCAAAGCAACUUUAGAUUUCCUUUUUAUAGUUACGAUGAUUUUGAUGUACCUGACACGAUGAAUGUGCACGGAAUCUACGAUACAUCGGCUUCAAUGUACACUUUUCAAGGAAGUGAAGAGUACACCACUUUCCUUCAGCAAGAGGCUGGCGUAUCUGGCUCCGCAUUUGGCUUUUACGCUGGUGUAAAGGAGGCUUGGGGCAGCUCUUCAGCUGAAACGAAAGAUAGCUUUUUGGCGAUACUUGACGUCGACAUUGAAAGAUACGAGAUAUUCAUGGACGAAGUGAAGCCCAGUGACCUCAGUCUUAAUUUUCUGCGAGAGUUCAUGGAGUUGCCGCUAUCUUACUAUUCUCCAGGCGCUCCGAUAAAGUAUCGUAAGUGAUAUACAGCAUUAACUAACUAACAUGAUUCACGCCUCAAGCUUAUGCAUGUCGUGGAAUGUUCUUCACGACAAUGAGGAAAUAACAUUUAAUGGAUCGAUAGAGCGGCAGUGACAUUCCCUCUUAACGAUCCCCCACUCCAUGACACUAAACAGACUGUCAAAUCGUCGAAUGUUUAGUCAGUAUACAAUGCAACUUUUUUCCUACUUGUUAUGAAUCUAUCAUGGCUGAGUAGUGUCAAGGUAGUAUGUCUUGCCAAGAGACCAUGAUGACCAUAACCUUGUUCUUACUGGAGUCGAAUUGCAUUCUCUGAUAUGUUUAUGUAUCUAAUACCCCAUUCACACCAACUAAACUAGUUUAACUAAAUCAGGUUAAGAUUUUCUACAAUUUGUCGAUUCCGCUUUGCUGUCAUUUUGAGAAGAAAAAUUUCAAACCACCUUGCUACCAUCUUUUAAUCAAACAAGUUUUACCAGGUUAACUUGUCGGGUGUGCACGAUAUGAGCAACUAAUUUUUAACCUUGUUUAGUUAAACCACUCUUAAACGUAAUUAUCAUGUUAGUGUGAACA